AGCGGUGCGGCGGGAGGGAGAAAGCGGAGGGCUGUGUGGCGGCGGCGGCGGCGCUGCUAAAGCCCUCGUCAUGGCCGGGCUGUGGGAGCGGCUGGCGGGCGGCGACAGGGGCCGCAUGGAGAGCUCCGACUGCGAGUCGCUGGGCAGCGCCUCCGGCUCGGAGGGAGACCCCGACUCCGCUGACCAGGCCUCGCUGCCGGACCUGGACCUGCUGCUGCACGACCCCGAGGACGAGGUGCUGUGCGCCGAGCUGCUGGAGCUGGUGCAGGCCACCCUGGGGAAGGCUCCGCUGGGUGCCCAGCGCUGCUCGCGCCUCCUGAUGCCGGCCCAGCUCGUGGCGCAGGUGAGGACGGAGCUGCUGCGUCUGGCCUGCAGCGAGCCCUGCGGGCUGCGUGGGGCCCUCCUCGACCUCUGCGUGGAGCACGGCAAGGCCUGCCACGACGUGGGGCACAUCGCCGUGGACCCCGCUGUGGUGCCCACCUUCCAGCUCACCCUGGUGCUGCGGCUGGACUCGCGCCUCUGGCCCAAGAUCCAGGGACUCUUUGCCUCGGGGCCCGCGUUCACCCCGGGCUUCAGCCAGUCCCUGAAGCUGAGCACGGGCUUCAGGGUCAUCAAGAAGAAGCUGUACAGCUCCGAGCAGCUGCUCAUCGAAGAGUGCUGAAGGGGACACGGCUCACCCAAGUGCUUCGGAAGAGCUGACACUCACCGAGCUGGUUAGAGCGUGGCGGCUCCCAGCGGCCGCAGUAGUUUAGGUUAGGCUGGAGUAGGGCGUAGGUGGAUGUAGCUGGGGCAGGCGGAGGCCCUGCAGGGGAGGCCCUGGUUGUGGAGCCCCCCUGCCAGGCGGGCGCGGGGCCGUACGGUGCUUGCCUCACACUUCCGUGAUUGUAGGAUGAUGGCGGUGACUGCACUCCUGGGCUCGGCAGCGGGGCUGCUGUGGGGGCAGGCGGUCUCCUCCUGGUUAAUUUUUUUUUUUGUUGUAACAACGAUUGUAAUCAAUGGGGUUUCUGGGGGAGGGUGCGUGUGUGGGAGUGAGUGACAGCGGAGUGAAGCCUGGAUCAAAGACAGAACUCCCCUGCUGACACCUGGGCAGCUGUGCUGGGGCUGCUGGUGUGGCAGGAGGGGUCUGGAGCUGUGUCAUGGCUCCGUGACACAGGGAGGAGAGCCUGGGGGAGAGGGGCGUGCAAGGUGCUGUGGGGACGGAGGGCAGGACCCCUCACCAAUACACCCUGUGCGCUCCAUUGAUUACAGUUUACACUCAUACACUUGAUGUUCAAGUACAAGACUUCCUAUGCAAUUGUUUUUUACUUUUCUAAUAAAACCUGUCUAAUUGAUAA